UUUUUUACAAAAAUCAUCAUGUGCAGCUAUCCUUGCUAUCCUUCUGCUUGUAUCGGCUCUUGUGGAGGUUGUGGUCCAAGUGGAUUCUAUGAUCCGAGCUUUGGACCCUUCAAUGGUCCAUUCAACAGUUGGUAUGGCUGCUGCGGAGGACGAUGGUGUUAAUUUUUAACAUUUUGCAACAGUUUGGAUGUCACAUUCGGAUAAAAUUAAGAUAGAAUUUUUAUUUCUGUAAUAUGGUUUCGAAAGUGCAAUAAAUAAAAGCGUUUGAGUUCAA